UACAGAAACUACGUAACGUAACGUUAACUUAGUUAGUAAGUAUCUAGUAACAGUAGUUACCUUACCUGCAGUUAAGUGGAGCAACAGACCGACAUAUUAGCAUAGUUACGUGUGUGUAUGUGUGUGUGCGUUCGCGGACGCGCGCCAAUUCGGCUUAAACUCUCUCACUUAAACUCGCUUAAACGCCUAAACUAACUACGCACCAUGUAGUAUCUACGUACCGUUAACUUAGUUAGUAACGAUAUAGUACCAGUAAAUACCUUACCUGUAGCAACAGCCGGCAUCCCAUUUUGAGCAUAUACCUGUGUGUGUGUAGACGCGACGCACCAACAGCUGUAAUAAUGAGUAAAAGGAGAUACGUUAAGUCUUGGUUGGAUGACCAGGCCGCCGCCACAGGUAACGACCAUGUUGACCAUGACCAUGAUUACGUUCCGGUGCCAGUCACCGAAUGUAAGUAGCGACGACGACUUCGAUGUGACGUCGAGCAGUGGAGAUUCGGAUGAGUCCGACCACAUUUCGCAACAGGACGCCGCAUCAUGCCCCUCCACAGUGACUACGGUUACAUGCCGUACAUCCUCCUAAACAGUGGAAAUGCGGGCCAGGAGCUGCUAAAAAAGAAGCGCAAAAACGUAAAGCGACGCAACAGAGGAAGCUCGUAACGCUUGUGGGAGAGUACUUUGUACAUAAUAACAUUCACAUGACGCUGGGAGACGCCAGAUAUUUAGAAGCCAACAUGCGAAGGGUUUUUCCGCUGGAGCAAGAGGAAAAGUGGUGUGAUAGGUUCUAUACCUGGUUCACCAACAGGAAAACAAGAGAGAAAAAAAAGGACAAGGCCGCCGAUAUCCCAAACUCCAAAUCUUCGGUGAACAGCAACGGUCCCCACAGGCUCCAAGCGGCUUUGGGACGUCCCCACCAAAAGUCCGACAGUCCCACAGAGACGGCGAGCAGUAGCAGCAGCAGCGGUUUCUCUUCCAGGGACAGCAGAGACCAACAUCUGCAGGAUACGGAUAAGUCGCAAGCCAGCGCCAUUGCCAAGCGGGAUACCUUCGCAUCGCAGCAGCAGCAGCAGGCGGCCCUCUCGCAGGAGACUGUAGUGAAUCGCUCCAGACUGGCCAUCGAGGCAGCAGCGAGGCGCUAUGGGGCGUCAGACUAUGCGCCACAUCCCACAGGGAUAGUGUUGCGACGCGUGGGCUACUACACGAUACCCUCGCUGGAUGAUCUCAAGUCCUACCUGGCCGAGGAUGGGUCCUGUGUGGUGCCCAAUUUCACCAUUGGACGCGAGGGCUAUGGCACUGUGUUCUUUGCCAUGGAAAUGGACGUGGCCGGACUGAAUCUGGAUGAGAUUGUUUACUUUACUUCCGUAACAAGGGGAUCAUCAUUUAUCCUGACGAUGAGAAGAGGCCGCCUCUCAACCAAGGCCUGAAUCGUGAGGCACAAGUC